AUGGUUAACAAAAGCGAAACAUUCACUACAGAGAAUAUGUUUAUUGUCAGUACCACCGAUGUUGCAUGUGAUUCAAAAGUGCUAAUCAAUCAAAAGGAAUCACAAUUUUCAAAUGAAGUAGAUGCUGUAAGCUCAGACAUCGGCUCGUUGGUCGGUCCUGUAAUAAAGCUGCCGGUUGAGACGAAAAUCGUAAUGCGAUUGGAAAAUACACAAAACCCACGUAUCACAAUAAAAAAAUCACAAAAAACUCAAAGUAGUGAUAUAAAGAAGAAAAUAGAUGCGGCGUGUUGUUUGGAGUCUACAUGUGUGGACCGUUUAACUGAGUUGGAUUCAGCAACUUCAAGACUGCGGAAGCGCGUUGAGCAACUGGCUAAGCGGGAAGCUGAACGCUUAGAUUUGUUAGAGCGCGCAGAGGCUGCGUGGAAAGAUCUUGAAAUGGGCUAUCAUCGCCGUCUCGCGCAUGCUGAAGAAAAACAGGAGGACAUUACGAAACAGAUAAAAAACUUAAUAGAUGAACGCAGCGGUUACAAGGACGCUUGUAUUGUAAUAGCAAAACAAAUUGAAGCCCGAGGAGAAGAUGUUAAAAAGGAUUAUGUGAAUCUGAAAAAUAUAGAGAAGGAGUUUUGUGAGCGGGCGCGAAAAAAGUUUCAACUUAUUGAAGAGGUAACGCACGCUGAUGCUUCACUCGCGGAGCAACAGUGCCGCGCCGCACAACUCAGUAGAGACCUGCAAUUAAAAGAAGAACAAGCGCGAAGAAAAGUAAAAAGUUUUGAAAAUGAAGUAGAGUCUUUACGUGGACUCAAGUUUGAUUCAGAAAGAGCGCUGCGUAACGAAUUAGGCGCGGUGAAAGAUCAAGUUGCAAACAUUUCUAAGCUACUUUUAUUAGAAGACAAUGAGAGUAAAAAUAUUAGCAACGAGCUUGAAGAAUUAAAUCAGAAAAAAAUAAAUCUAACUGAAGACUUGGAUGCCUGUAAAAUUAAGUGUGAUAGUCAUAUGCAAGGCAAAAUAGAAGAGCUUAAAACCAAAACGAAUGUGCUCGCUGAUAUUAGAGAAAACAUAUUAGAUUGUCGCUGUAAGCUACCUCAAGACAGCAGCGUGGAAGCAAAACGAACACCCUCCAUUGCCGCUAUAUGCCGAUGUACAUCUGAAAAUGAAAUACCGGAUUCAUGUUCGUGCACAUCUCUUCGAAGUAGCUUAAUGUCAAACUUGCUUAAAGAACUCUUCGGAGGUUUGCAAUCCGAGUUGGGUGAAACUGGACCAAUAAUGCCGUGCCAGUUGCUGAAGUGCUUAGAAGAUAAACAUAACUGGGACCAUUCCAGCGCAGUUAAAACUCAUCUCCGCACUUUCUUUUCACAAUUGCUUAUUGGUGAAUUAGAUAUUGCAAUUGCUUCAUCAAUCGAGAAAUAUCAUGCAAAGUGGGUAGGUGCCUCAUGCGCGGAUCAGGAUUUAUCAGUAAAACAAAAUGAAACCGAUGUCGAAGAAUGGCAGCAACGAAACUUGGAUAAACAGGCCCAAAAACUUGCGACGCAAUUGGCCGAACAAUUAUUUCAGGAGAGGGCUGAGCUAAUAAUGCAGAAAGCUAAAGAUAUUAUAAAGUCGUCACCGCCACCGUGUGAUUGUGAUAAAACAACAUCAGUUACUACGUACUCAUGCAUUUUAAAGACACCCACAAAAUCUACUUACCGAAAAAAUACUGAAGAAAAAGCUAAUUCACCUGCUAAAGGAAAUACUUUUAAAAACUCCACACCGCUUCAUUUUCAGGGGGAGGACUCUAAAAUUCAACCCAUUAAAGGAAUGUGCUUGAAACACACACAUGAAAGAAAAAAUAAGGGCCGAGAUAACCGUAAUAUUUCAAGAGAAACCAAAAAAGAUAAAAAAUUUUUAAGUAUCAAACAAAUCGUUAAUCACAGAGCAGUAAGUACAGACAGGAAUGCAACUUUAUGUAACAUAAAGUUUAGUCCCUUAAGUAAAAAGCAAGCCGAAAACGUUGUUUUUAUUAGAGAUACGAACAAAUUAAAUUUGAAUCGGGAUUUGUCUUGUAAAUAUUCUAAUAAAGGAUCAGGAAAAAGAUCAGGUCAGUCUUUCGCAGUCAAUUUAUGUCUAUGUGAUCCACAAAGAGACCACCACAAAAUUUUAUCAGAAAAAAAUAAUUUUAAGAAAAAUCAAAAUAUGUCAUACAGGAGUCACGGUAGCUACCAAGAUAAUUUGUCUCUUUCAAGGCCGUUAAAAAAACUGUCUAAUACUGAAUUAGUAAAACCUGGUAAACAAUCUUAUGAUAUAUUGAAUAAACAAUCGAAAAUUUCUUAUGAUCUUCGUUGCUCGAGUGAGUGUGGUUGCUUUCACAAAAUACCUUCAAGUAGAUCAAUUGAUAAACUCUUAGAAACUUAUAGAAGAGAAGAGUCUUGUUUAGUUGAUAAAAGAAACUCAAAAGAUGAGGUAACCCAGGACGCUAAGCAUGUAUCUGUACGUAGAAGUGUGACUGAAAAUAGUGAAAUUCUUUUCAAUUAUGACCUAGCUCAAGAAAAUGAUAAAAAUUUAUUCAUGCCAAAUUCAAAUGAGAAAAUACUUACAAUUUACUCGAAAAAAAUUCAACCUGUAUAUAGUACUUCAAAUUACGUAAGUGUUAUAAAUUGUGAAAAGGGUAAUGAAUUAUUAGAAAGUCCAGAUAUUAUAAAAAGUAACGUUGCUAAAGCACAUGCACAAGUUAAUAUUACUGAUAAUGUUCCUAAUUCAAAUAUCAAAAAUGAAAAAAAAUUAUAUAGGAACCAUAACACACAAUUUUCAAGCAAUGAAAUAAUCGAAAAACAUGAUAUGAAUUUUGAUGAUAAAAGUUACUUACAUAUUAAAGAAAACCCUACUCAUGAUCAGUGUUGCAAAUAUACUAGUAUCGAAAAAUUAAUUUGUGAUACUCAAAUAAGCGUACAGAGCUGUUUAGUAGAACCUCAUUUGGGUACUAAUUGUUCAUUAACAACUGUUAAUCAAUGUAACAAGUGUAAAUUUCCUUAUGACUCACAUUAUAAUGUAAAGUUCUUGGGAGUUUCCCUAAACAAUAACACAGGUAAUCAUACUAGUUGUGAUGUUACAAAUAAACUAUUAACUAAUAAAAGCUGUUUAAAAGCGGAGAGUAUCCAAAUUAACAACGUUAGUCAGUACAACGAAAAUAAACCAAAAUUAAGUUAUGAUAAUUAUAAUAAUUUUAAAGAGGGUAACAACGUAUCGUUUGAUAUCUAUAAUAGUUCGAUAAAAUCGUUCGAUAACAAUAACAAGUGCACCUGUUGUAAUAAAGAUAACGAAGAUGAAAAUAAUGACUUAGAAAUCAAUACUUUUGAACUAUUAACAGAGUAUUUCAAGAAAAAGUUGGAGGAUUUAAAAUUAUCUACUUCAACUUCUGCUAGCCUACCUUGUAAGGAAGACAUUUUAUAUUCUGAUAUACUUAAACGAAUAAAGGAAAUAAUUUUGGAAAAAUCUACUGAAAUAACAUGUAACUGUUUAAAACAAAGUCAAAUUGAUAGAAGUGAAAUAAGUUGGAGGAGAGCUUGUGGACUUUUACAAGAAUAUCUAAGGUCUAAAAUAAAAAGAAUUCAGUGCUCUUGUUCUAUCAACGCUAAAAACUCUGAUAUAGUAGUACACGAAAUCUUAGAAAAGAUCUGCGAAUUGAUUGAAUACGACUUUAGACAAUUGAAAAAAAUCUAUAAUCAUAACAAUACUUUGAAAUUUUGCAAUAAUAAAAUAAAGAUAGAUAAUCUUCAAUCUUUUAAUGAUGCAGUGAUAAAUAAUCUUAGUCAGGUAACUGCAGAUCUUAUAAGUGAAGUGAAUCCUGUUUGUGAUACUGUAAUUAAUAAAAAUAUAUCUGAAUACAAUAUAGAAGUAAGCAAUCCUAUAAAAGAAAGUAAUGCUUAUAACGAAGCACCAAAUUCUGUUUCAAUAUUUGAAACUGGUGAAAUAAAUAAAUCUAGAAAGCAAACCCUUACACCGAAUACGAACGUAGAGCAAAUAGAAGAAUUAAAUGAAGUUAAUAAUGUGGAUGUUUUUAAAGAACAUGCUUUAAAUUUAAUGGAUGUCCAAAAUGUGAAUAAUAAUAUGAAUAACAGUAUAACUAAGUCAUUGAUAUUUGAAAAAAAAGUAAGCGAUAAUAAUUUUAAACACAACACAUUUAUAUGCUCUUCUAUACCUUACAUCGGUUAUACCAUAAAUUGUUCAUGUGAUCAAAACCUUGGUACAUGUAUUUGUGCCAAAUCUUUAUUUGAUGAGAAUAAAAUAAUGAAAAAUGAUUUAUGGAAAGACAAGUCACAUACAAAUAUAUCUUACAUAAUGAAAAAUGUUACUAACUCAAAUCAAUUAAACUAUGAGGAACAAGAAGAUUAUAUUAAGCUUGAGAAAGGAAUAUACGCUCAUUUAAUUGGUGAAGACGUUGAGUUAAAAAGUUCAAAACAAUGUUUACAUAAUUUUAUACAUGACGCCACAAAUACGUCACAUAUUUACUCAAAUAACGAAACAGUUAAUUUGAGUUAUGAUGAAUGGGACGACUGUGAAUCUUCUCCUUGUUGUCAAACAAAUAAUGAGUAUGUUAAUAACCAGGAACAGUUUUGUAGUUAUUUCAAUUCACCCGUAGAUAAACUUGCAAAUCGGUUGAAAGAUAAAAUAAUAUUAGAUAGUGAUGAAGUGAUGGCAUACGGUAUUAGGUCACAAAACUGCAAUUGUGAAAUGGUUCCAAUUUGUCAUGUUAAAAUGCUUGUAGGUAAUAUCGAAAGUAAACUUGUGAAUUCAAUGUGCACGUGUGAUUCUAUGGACCCAAAAGUUUGUCCGGUACAUUUUGAAACAAGUUCUAAUUUUAAUUAG